AUGCCUCCAACUCCACAUUUACGUUCUGCAGAUGAGGAGGCAUUCUUGGAAUGUAUUGAGGCCAUCAAAGCCAAUCUAGGAGACGUCAACAUUAUCAAAAAAGCUAGCGAUAAAGAAAAAAAAUGGUGGAUUGAUGGAAAUUAUAAGGCUAUUGAUGAGGAAAGAUUUUGGGAGUUUGAUGAUGGCGUUGUGAUCAUAUACGAGUUGCCAAACAGUGAUCAUGAGGUUGCACACACUACGUUUUCUCGACAAUUUCUAUCUGCCUUUACCAAUCUACAAUUUCAAGAUGAUGUUACGGGUGCUGGAGCGACAAGUAUGUACCGUUUUGGGGCAAAGAUCUGCACUUCAUUUGUGCCCAAUUGCUUACCUAUACCAUCUACUCAUCCAAGCGAUGCUCAGGGUAAUCCUUGGCCAACCGUAGUCUGUGAGGUUGCCCGAUCCCAAAGUCUUCCACAUAUACUCCAGAAAACUAAUUCGUUCUGGUUAUCCCCAAACCGAUCAGAGGAUGUGAUAGUACUUAAACUGUGGCCAUGGAAUCAUAGGAAAGAUACAAAUGGGCGCCCAUUGCGUCGCUUAACAUGUUAUAAGUUUUGUCGUCGUGCAAGCCUUCAAGCAGGUCAAGCACAAGGAAGGUUCCAGCCAGUCCAAACGUACGAAUUUGUGACCAUUGAUAGACAUCGAAGACCUUAUAAUGGUUGCUCAGCCCAGGGAAUGCUUGCUGUGACAAUUGCGCCAGAAUGUAUCUAUGAAGGUUGUACUCCACCAUAUCUGCCGUAUCCGCUCGCAGGGAACAAUCCCAAUGAAGAAUUUCCUGAUAGCUUUAUUAACAGACCUUUAGAUGAUUUACCCGAAACUGAGACAAUUAUAACUACCGAUGAAUCAAACAUUCAGCACCUCCUAGCUCCGACUUCUGACACUUCUGACUCAAUAACCAAGAAUGCCUCACCGAAAGUCAAG